AUGGCCUCUCAACGCGAGCGCACUCUGCCCGUCAAGCACAACCCUCUUCUUACAGAGGAUGUACCCGACUAUUCUGAUAUGGUUUCGCGUCGUCGUCUUGGACAGACUAAGCUGACACCUAAGAUGGCCGCUGGUAUUGACUCCGAACAGGCUGCUCUUGGUAUCUUUGACUACGCGCAUCUUCGCGCCCCCCUGCCCAAGGGUAUUGUCUCAGGAAUCUUCAAGUCCAGCCCUAGCAGCUACUUCCUCAUGCGACGCAGCUACGAUGGUUACAUCUCAGCGACCGGCAUGUUCAAGGCCAGCUUCCCCUAUGCGGAAGCUUCGGACGAGGAGGCCGAACGAAAGUACAUCAAGUCUCUUCCGACUACGAGUCACGAGGAGACUGCUGGCAACGUCUGGAUUCCCCCGGAGCAGGCUCUUAUCCUCGCCGAGGAGUACAGAAUUGCUCCUUGGAUCCGCGCGCUACUAGAUCCUGCCCCGAUCAGCACCGCAACUCCUGCUGGCUCGCCCGGCAAGAUCAUUUCGGCUCCUCCCAAAUUCGACGCCCUCAAGGUGUCGCAGCCUGUGUUGGCACCUCCUACUCCCUCGGCUGCUCUUCGACGCUCGCGUCGUUCUGCUAGCCCCACUAAGAGCAGCACGAGCACGAGGCGCGCCCCUCCAUCGCCCCGAAAGCGAAGCACCCGCGCCAAGGCCGAAACUGUCGAAACUAUCACUGAGAAUGCUGAACUCGUCAACGGCACCGCGGAGGUUGAGGACAAGAUCGAGGAGACCAAGCGGGAAGACAUUGUGCUGCAAUCCACCGAGUUCGAGCCUGCUAUUGUCCUGGAGCCCAGAGAAGAGGAUCCCAAGGUCAAGGUUCAUAUUGAAGAGGAUACUAUCACAGACGAGGCUGGUAUUGAGACCAAGCGCACAAUUACUGAGGUUGAACUUCCUCUGCCCACUGCUGGCGAACCCCCAAGCGCGGAAGAGAUUGCUCAGAUGAUGGAGGCCGCUAAGGAGAUGGUCCAAAAGAGCAAGGUGAACGAGGCUGAGGAUGAAGAGGAAACGAACGUUGAUGAAGCCCCUGCUUCAGCUAAGAAGAGCAAGCGUAAGGCCGUGGAUAUCUCUGUGGGUGACGAGGAGGGCGAGACGACCCCAGAGGAACAGCCCAGAUCAAAGAAGGCCAAGACCGAAGUUCAAUUAAGGAAAGCAAAGGUCAAGAACCGAGCCCUGCUCGGACUAGGUGCCACUGUCGCAGUUGGUUACUUUGUUCCUUGGCUCAUGAACUUCCUCUAA